CCGAUUAUAGGAGACAGAACGACAUUUCUUUCAAGCUUGAGGGCUAAAGUAACAAUUAUUCUAAGAGGGGCUCUCACAAUUGCAUGAUUGCAUCAAACAAAUAACCUUUGAUUGAAUUCCAACAACCUUAGCACUGAUCUCGUGUUAAGAGCGGAGUUAGCUAUUUGAAACCUUCAAACUCAAAAGAAAUCCUAAAACUAGCCGCACACAAUGUUUAUCAUGAUUGACAUCGGUGAUCCAUCAUCACAGGAAAAACAGACGCCAAAUUUAUGAUCCAUGGAAACAAGAUCGGCGAAGAGGAAAAAACUUCUGAAUGCAGCAAAGGAAAGGCCAAGAACUGAUACCGAAGACCGCAUCAGUGAUCUCCCGGACGACAUUCUUCAUCACGUUUUCUUCUUCCUGCCGAUCAAAUCCAUCGCACAGACAAGCGUGCUUUCGAAACGGUGGAAGAAUCUCUGGUAUUCAUUCCCUGAUCUCGACUUUACCACCGUGAACUCUCUUUCGAAUGACUCCAUUGUUAUGAGCUCAACCGUGCGAAAAAGGGCUCGUUCAUAUGUUUUAAAAGGCGCGGAAUACGUUGAUCAGAUUUUGAGCCUUCUCGAGAAGCAUUCCGACAUAAGGGUCCUAAGAUUUCGAGCUUUCUUGAGCUUCUCUAGAUUAGUUGGUUUGAUUCGACAUGCUGUUAAGCAUAACGUCCAAGAAUUAGAUGUCGAGGUUUCUACGUCUGAUUACUUCAACUUCCCACGCAGCGUUAUAAAUAGUGCAACUUUACGAGCUUUGAGAUUGAAGUCAUGGCAUCCUGGUUUCAGGUUGCCUCCUCUGGAAAUCAUGAAGGGUGGCUUUCGAUCAUUGUCAUUGUUGUCGCUUUCACGGGCCAUUUUGCAUGAUCAGCCUACACUUGUGAAUUUGUUCACAGAUUCAUCGUUUCCUUUGCUUAAGAAGUUGCAUAUGGAUGCCUGUUACGGUCUGAAGCAUCUCAGAGUUGAGUGCCCCGCGUUAGAAGAUUUAAGCCUGGAGAACUGUUUUCAGCUGGAGCACCUGGAAAUCACGGUCCAAAAACUCGAGAGAUUGAAGGUGUCAAGCUGUUUCGAUGCUUAUAGUAUUAGUACCCGUCUGAUGAUUGAGGCCCCGACACUCCAAAUCAUGUCGUGGUCAUAUAAUGCCAUCACUGAGGAAUGUAUUUUACAGAACUUAACGUCACUGCAUGAGGUGGACGUCGGAUUCUUCCUACUUCAGGAGGAUCUAACCUCAGCAAAGGUUCAAAGCGUGUCCAACUUUCUCACUGGAAUCUCCUGUUGCCACUCUUUGACACUUCAAAGCCAGUGCAUUGAGAUUCUGUCAAAAAACAAUGAAAUUGCAGGAGUUUCACUGUGUCCUUUCAAUAAAGUAAAGUCCUUGGAGUUGAGUACAGGCUUAAACAAGCACAAUAACCCUGGACUGGCAAGUCUUUUCAGGAGUACUCCCACAAUCCAUACUAUCAUUAUCAAGAUUAUCGCUGGUCACAACGUUGAACGGCGACAGUGGAACAAGGACCUGUGGCAAUCACCAAGCUCAGGGGAAGAACGAUACUGGGAAUCGCAAACUCAAUCCUUGAAGCCAUUUCUUUACCAUCUAAAGGUGGUAAAGAUUCACGGCUUUACAGAAUGUGCAAACGACAUUAGUCUGGUGAAAUUCUUUCUCAAGAAUGGAAAAGUGCUGCAAGAAGUGUUUCUCUGCACAAGUCUCUCCAAGCCAAGAGACUCCCUUCUGAGAGAAAAAAUCAAAUCGCAGAUCAUGGGCUUUUCGAGGGCUUCCUCAAAUGCUAACAUUGUUUUCCAGUAGGGCCUUCAGGAUCUGAAUGAAGUUCAAUCACAUCGCUUUCAGAAGAUUAAUUCCUCUAGCUCGAUGCGAUAUAAUUAACCUGUUGGAUCAUUGCGUCGCUCCUCUAUGGUGGCUGUCAACAAACAAAAAAGAACAGAACAGAAGAAGAAAGAGUUAACUGUAGGGGGAGUCUUCUUCCAUCUGAUACAAUGUCAAACUGCACUAAAAACUCGUUUGCCCUUGGACAUUGUGAGCAAUUGAGCCAGUUGCAGUAGUAUCAAUGUGAUAAUGAAGCUAAGGAUUUCUUUACAUGGCUUCCUUCUUUUCAGUUUAUUUACAACAACCUCUUUGUAAACAACAUUGGCAAGGAUCAUGAGAAGAUGAAGAUCUAUAGAGAA